AUGGGAGAGGCCGGCUUGACUCGGACCGCAGCUGGUCUGGGGCGGCACGGCUACGGCCGAGCGGCGCGCGGCGCGUCGGGGAGGCCGGCGGCGCCGGCAGGAAGGGUGCCCGGCACGGGGUGUCGCGCGAAGGUCCCAGGCGGCGGCGGCGCCGCUGGCGGUUUUUUUGCGAGCAAAACCGGGCUCGGCCAGGCUCGGCUGGGCUGCUGCAGGCGCUGGAGCGGCUGCGGCGGCGCAGGCGACAGGGCGCGCGCGACCCGGUCAGGUGCGGGAGAACCCGGAGACGGUGUGACCCCGGGGGAGCGUCCGAGGUGGCGCGUCCGGGGUCUUCACACAACCGAUGAGGGGAGAGGUCGAGAGAAAAGAGAGGAAGAAAGCAUGGGAGAUGGCUCUGGCGGCGGCGGGGGUCAGCCGCGGCUUGGCCGGGGCUGGUGCAGCAAGGGCAGGGGGAAGGGUGAAGGUGGCUGGGGCGACUUAGGGUAG